AUGCCUCACUCAGAUCGCUCCCCGUCUCCAACACGCGAUACCUUCCGGGGCCUUCCGCCCUUCCCAGACAACGUCCCCACCGCACCACUUCUCCGCAUAUCGCUCCAGAAGCUCCUCCAACACGACGAAGAAGAACAGAACCGGUGUUGGAAAGCUUGUUGCGAACUGGGUUUCUUCUACCUCGAUGUGCGCAAUGCGAACACACCGCCUAGAAGCACCAAUGGCGACGAGAACGAGUCUGAGCAAGCCAUCGACGGCGACGCACUACUCCAAGAUGUCGACAACCUCUUCUCAGUCAUGAAAGAGUUCUGCAGCCUAGACGUGCAAGAAAAGACAAGAUACGACUUCAAAGCACAAGGCACAUACUUUGGCUACAAAGGCUACGGCGAAGGCAUCAUGGACGCAAAAGGGACAAAAGACAGAAAUGAAUUCUACAACAUCUCAAAAGACGACAUCCUCUCCCUCAGCGAACCCCUCCCCGCCCACGCAACCGUUAGCGCCCACCGCCCCCUCUACAAAUCCUACAUCCAAACUUCCCACGCUAUAUGCAUGCUCAUCGCCUCCCUCCUCUCCUCACGCCUCCCCCUCACAGACGCCGCGCGCAAAGCCGGCGGAUUACCAGCACUGCACCGUCUGCGCGCCCGUUCCGGGGACCAAAUCCGCUUCGUGCGCGCGCCGCCGCAGGAAGUCUCCGUCAAGGGCGUAGCACUGGGCGAACACACAGAUUUCGGUAGUGUGACUGUGUUGUUCAACCAGUUAGGUGGUUUACAAGUUCGUCUACCUGCGUCGAUAGCGCCCAAUCUACCUUUAUCAACAGAGCCGCCGCCGACGGAGGUCGAGAGGAGACUUUGUGAAGAUGGAUGGGCGUAUGUGAGACCGCUAGCGGGCCAUUGUAUAGUCAAUCUAGGUGAUGCGUUGGUCAAGUUUUCAAACGGUGGGUUCAGGAGUAAUGUUCAUCGUGUUGUGGCGCCGCCUGGGGAACAGGGGGCCGUGGAGAGGUAUAGUUUGGUGUACUUUUGUCGGCCCGAGGAUGAGGUUUUGUUGAGGGGGUUGGUGGUGGGUGUGGAGGAAGAGGAGGAGGUUACGGCCAAGGAGUGGAUAUUAAGGAGGGCAUUGGGGCGGAGGGAGAAGGAUGGGUGGGAGAAGAGUAACGGGACUGAGAGGAGUAGUAUGAGGAGUGGGGGGAUGAGGACUUGA